UCUCCCUCGUCUGCCCUCUCUUGCAUAUCUUGAUUGCAUUUGGCAGCUCCCGCCGCUUCUUUUCACUCUCCUUCCCGCUGAUUCGGAUUCUGCACCGCACUGCGUCUCGUGAUCGGGUGACCGACGCGACUGUCACACCUUCGACGCGACACAAGGGCUUCCCGCCGAUUGAGUACACAUCCCUCUUCAACUUGCCACGUCGCCACUCAUCUCUUUGCUCUAUUUCCUUUUUCCUAUCCGCAUCGCCAACGCUCUCACUACCUCUCGCCUCCAGGCUUCUAUAACCACGCUCACCCACUCCACUUUGCCCUUCUCGCUCCGCACCAUGACCUGGAUCUUUGGCUACGGCUCCAUCAUCUGGCGCCCCGACUUCCCUUACGCCGAGCGCACACUCGCCUUCGUGGCAAACCACACGCGCCGCUUUUGGCAGGGCUCGCCCGACCACCGUGGCACUCCCACCUCCCUCGGCCGAGUAGUGACCCUCGUUCCCGAAGAAGGCGCCGUCUGCUGGGGCUUCGCGUACCGCGUCCCGCCCGAGCGCGUCGACGAGGUCAUGGCCUACCUCGACCACCGCGAGCGCGGCGGUUACGUGCGCAUCACUGUUCCGUUCCAUCGCGCCCACGCCGUCUGCGCCAACCCCCUUCAUAACAUCAAGCCCGAGGACGCUGUUGAGUCGAUCACAUAUAUCGCCGCGCCGGAUAACGAGCAUUAUCUCGGCCCGGACGCACUCCCCCGCAUGGUGAAGCAGAUCGCCGGGGCGGCCGGCGAGUCCGGGAGGAACGCCGACUAUGUCAUCAAUCUUGCUACCCAUUUGAAAGAGAUGGGCCUUGAUGACCCUCACGUCUUUACGCUUGCCCAGGCUGUGCGCGAGGCGGUGGCCGCGUCCAGCGCCUCGCCGAUCGUCAAGAUCAAGGCUCUUGGCGCACUCGAGGACGCCCUGGAAGAGGCGAGCAAGGCCGAGCACGCUGUCGCGAGCAGCGCCACCGUAAGCGCUCGCGCCUAGUCCGUGCGGUAAACCUCGUAGCUGGGCACUCGCCACAUCCAUACAGCCCAUGGCACUCAUUGUAUACUAGUAUGCAUCGCAUCAGUUUCGCGUAUCU